CAGUCGGCGCCUCGGCCUCUCCGCCCCCUCCCCAGCUUUUCUUUCGCCCGCUCCUCUCCCGCUCCGGACCGGCGCCUCGCCUUUGUGCGAGGAGAUGGUGUAGCCCCGCGGCCGCCCGAAGGAGGAGCUGGACACUUGUCUGCCGGCCCCGAGCUGCGUCCCCGCCCCUGGAGGAGAGACCCCCCCCCCGCUCGGCUCGGCGCCUCCCGCGUCUCCCGGCUGCUGGGGAAGCCUCGGCGCGGCCGGCACCAUGAGUGAACAGAGUAUCUGUCAGGCAAGAGCUGCUGUGAUGGUUUACGAUGAUGCCAAUAAAAAGUGGGUGCCAGCCGGUGGUUCAACUGGGUUCAGCAGAGUUCAUAUAUAUCACCAUACAGGCAACAACACAUUCAGAGUGGUGGGCAGGAAGAUUCAGGACCAUCAGGUUGUGAUAAAUUGUGCCAUUCCUAAAGGAUUGAAGUACAAUCAAGCUACACAGACCUUCCACCAAUGGCGGGAUGCUAGACAGGUGUAUGGUCUCAACUUUGGCAGCAAAGAGGAUGCCAAUGUCUUCGCAAGUGCCAUGAUGCAUGCCUUAGAAGUGUUGAAUUCACAGGAAACAGGGCCAACAUUGCCUAGACAAAAUUCACAACUACCUGCCCAAGUUCAGAAUGGCCCAUCACAAGAAGAAUUGGAAAUUCAAAGAAGGCAACUGCAAGAGCAGCAACGACAAAAGGAGCUGGAGCGGGAAAGGCUGGAGAGAGAAAGAGUGGAGAGGGAGAGGAUGGAGAGGGAGAGGCUAGAAAGGGAAAGGCUGGAGAGAGAGCGGCUGGAGCAGGAGCAGCUGGAGCGGGAGAGACAGGAGCGGGAACGCCAGGAUCGCCUGGAGCGGGAGAGACAGGAGCGGGAGAGGCUGGAGAGACUGGACCGGGAACGGCAGGAACGAGAGCGGCAGGAGCAGCUAGAGAGGGAGCAGCUGGAGUGGGAGCGAGAGCGGAGGAUAUCAAAUGCCGCUCCAUCCUCCGACAGCUCCCUGUAUAGCGCUCCACUUCCUGAGUAUGCCAGUUGCCAGCCUCCUUCAGCACCUCCUCCAUCAUACGCUAAAGUCAUCUCAGCUCCAGUGUCAGAGGCCACUCCUGAAUACGCUGUAGUGACCGCUUUGCCACCUACUUCCACACCCCCUACACCACCACUUCGACACUCCGCGACACGUUUUGCGACAUCUCUAGGUUCAGCCUUCCACCCCGUUCUUCCCCACUAUGCUACAGUUCCUCGUCCUCUGAACAAAAACUCUCGACCUUCUUCUCCUGUGAACACACCCUCUCCUCAGCCUCCAGCUACGAAGCCCUGUGCCUGGCCGACUUCCAAUUUCUCACCCCUCCCUCCAUCUCCUCCAGUAAUGAUUAGCAGCCCCCCAGGCAAAGCCACGGGUCCAAGGCCUGUCCUCCCCAUUUGUGUUUCUUCUCCUGUGCCCCCGAUGCCCCCCUCACCAACAGCGCCCAACGGGCUGCUUGACUCUGUCCCGCACCCCGUGUCUCCGCCGCCUACCUCAGGGCCAGCAGCGCCACCGCCGCCGCCGCCACUGCCUUCCCUGGCACCACUCUCACACUGUGGAUCUCAAGCUUCUCCUCCUCCGCCUCCGAGCACCCCUCUUGCCUCAACUCCCUCAUCCAAGCCUAGUGUUCUCCCUUCUCCCUCUGCAGCUGCCCCUGCCUCUGUGGAGACUCCUCUAAACUCUGUGCUGGGAGACUCCUCUGCUCCUGAGCCAGGCUUGCAGGCAGCCUCUCAGCCGGCCGAGACUCCAGCCCAGCAGGGCAUUGUCUUGGGACCACCUGUACCUCCACCCCCUCCUCCACUCCCGCCAGGUCCUGCCCAGGCACCAGCCAUACUCCCUCCUCCCCCAGGACCACCCCCACCCCCUCCACUCCCAUCCUCAGGGCCUCCGCCCCCUCCUCCUCCACCACCUCUUCCCAAUCAAGUACCCCCUCCUCCUCCUCCACCUCCUGCUCCUCCCCUCCCUGCAUCUGGAUUUUUUUCGGGAUCCAUGUCUGAAGACAAUCGCCCUUUAACUGGACUUGCAGCUGCAAUUGCUGGAGCAAAACUUAGGAAAGUGUCACGGAUGGAAGAUGCCUCUUUCCCAAGCGGAGGGAACACCACUGGUGUGAAUUCGGCCUCAUCUAAAACAGAUACAGGUCGUGGAAAUGGACCCCUUCCUUUAGGGGGUAGUGGUUUAAUGGAAGAAAUGAGUGCCCUGCUGGCCAGGAGGAGAAGAAUUGCUGAAAAGGGAUCAAUGAUAGAAACAGAACAAAAAGAAGACAAAAAUGAAGACUCAGAGCCUGUAUCUUCUAAGGCCUCUUCAACAACUACACCUGAACCGACAAGAAAACCUUGGGAAAGAACAAACACAAUGAAUGGCAGCAAGUCACCUGUUAUUUCCAGACGGGAUUCUCCAAGGAAAAAUCAGAUUGUUUUUGACAACAGGUCCUAUGAUUCAUUACACAGACCAAAAUCUGCGCCUUCGUCACAGCCCAGUGCCAAUGGAGUCCAGACGGAGGGACUGGACUAUGACAGGCUGAAGCAGGACAUUUUAGAUGAAAUGAGAAAAGAAUUAACUAAGCUAAAAGAAGAGCUCAUUGAUGCAAUCAGGCAGGAACUGAGCAAGUCAAAUACUGCGUAGAGAAACAAACUAAGAGAGAGAGGACUUUAAUCUGGAAAAAAAAAGAAAAUAAAAAUCUGCAAAGAACAACUGUUAGCAACAACAAAACCCUUACAUUUUGUGAGCUGUAAGAAGAAAAUGGAGACACACAGUCGGAAGGAGGGAAAAACCAACAUACUUUGAAAGCCUUCAAACAUUAUUACUCCGGUGGAUAAGCUAUUUCCCUCCCAGUUUGCUGCUUUUUUCUGACCUUUACAACAGGAUGGAAGAGAGUCGUAUAGGAGUUCCUGUAUCAGUUAUGCAGAAAAUAACUAAACCCGUCAGGCAAGAUCACCGUACAUUGAAAAUAUUUUCAUGUCAAGAGACAAUUGCACAUUUUCCACAGUCCAUUGCUAAAAUAAAGAGGAAAAAGGCUUGAGAAGUUUUUUUUUCAGAGAAUGCUGAUGAAGAAUUUAGCAAGUGAUGCUAUUGUAUUGUAAAUGUUUCUCUCAGGUUUGUCUUCCUAUCAUAUUUGAUAUUCCAUGGAUAAUUGAAGUCAGCCCCGUGUAGGUUAAGAUCAUAAAAUGUGGAACAAAUGGAAUUGUAUGUGCUUUCAAAAGGUGACAUUUAUAAGAAAGUGUCCUAAAAAUGAUUUGUCCAGAGUGAGGAAUUUUAGAAUGAUAGGAGGUCUCUCGAGUUUAGCCUUCACGCAAUUUUGUAGAUUCAAACAUAAAAUUCAUCCAGAAUUUAAAGAUUUAGAUGCCUUCCUAAAUUGUUACAAUGCUUUACCAAAUCUAUGACUCCUACAUAACACAAACCAGUGGUCAAAUGUAAAACAAUAUAUUGUAGAUUUACUGUAGGUUUUCAACCUUUUUUAGAUUUAUGCAUGUGGACAUUUUUAUAAUGUAACUACAAACCACCACAAAAAUUAGCUUUUUUAAUUGCAGACUGUAAUGCAUGUUAAACUAAUAUGUAGUGGCCUUUUCAAGGCCUAGUCCCAGGGAAAACAUUUUGUAGAGUAUAGGGAGUGGGAGGAGGGGAAGGAAUAAUUUUUUAUUUAAAGUUAAUUUCUGCACUAUCUUUUUUCUCAGUUAUCUGCAUGAAUAAUGAUGAGGAAUAUUUUGUGACUUUAAUUGGUAAAUAUGUUAACAGAACCGAGUACUUAAUCUUUUACAUCAUGUCUUCAGCUGUUUGUAUUUUAAUUCAGUAACUUCAGUGGUCUGAAACAUGAUUCUGAGCUUCACAUGAAUUCUGUCUUACUGUGGAAUUCAAACGUUCAAUCCCUGAAUCUGGCAGUUAUUGUUACCUAGGUGCCCUGUAGUUACCCAGGUGUUCAGGUACACAUUCCUGACUUCAGAGCUGCUUUCAGACUUUUACGUUGAAAUACUAGAAAAGUAACAACGAUGGCAGCGAGUAAGGUCACAGAAAUCAUCGGAUAAAGGGAAAAACGACGAGGGGCCCUGCAUAAUUUUCUUUUAAUAAACAAAGUGAGACUUAGGUGGUAGGAAGGAGGAGCUAGAUGUCUGCUUACCACCACGUGCGUGUGCGUGUUCGUGUGGGCACUCACGUGUGUGUGUGUGUGUGUGUGUGUGUGUGUGAUGCACUCCCUUUUCUUUGAAACUUCUAAGAAUAAAAUAGGGGAGCAAUCCUGUAUGUUACAAUGAUAGCUUUUUUGAAAAUCUAGGAAAUCAGAAAUUCUCCAGGCUCUCCAUCUUGGUUUAUGCUUGAGUUAUUAUGUGCCAUAUUUGCUUUGAAAUCUUUGAUUAUCUGUAGUUUUACUAAAAUUUUGAAGAAAUAAUCCACUGUUGUCUGCUUUCUGGAUUUCUUAAUCUACCUUCAUAAGACAGAGCUUGUUGAUAGCAUAGUUUUCUAAAUGCAGGUUUGCAGCCAUCACCACUUCAAAGAGGUUUGAAUGAGGAAAUUUUUUUUUUCCUUAUUAAAACAGUUCUUGUUUCUGUAGAAACUUCAUUUUUAGAUUAAUCUGUGAUGGAUGAGCUAUCAUAAUUCUAAUAUGCAGUUCUUUUUCUAUCAGCUAUUCAUUGUCAUCCACCAGGAAAGACAUUAAAGAUGCAGCAAGCUUAGAGUACUACUUUCUUAAAGAAAUAGGAGGCAUUUCCAUCUUUAUUACCGUACUUUUGGUUAUGCAAACACUUUGGUGAUAUAAAUGUUUUAUGUCCCCCAUAAAUCUGGUCAGAAACCAUUUUUGAUUUUGUUGAUUAAGUUAAACAGUAGGAUAGAGUACUGGGUACAAGUGGUCCAAAGUAAGAUAAAAGGCUACGCUAAAAAUGCUAGAUCUUGAGGAAGAAACUGGCUUAUGCACUAAGCGUUUUGUGCCUUGGUCUAAAUAUUAACAUGUCUGUGUAAAAUGACAAAAAGAACCAGUGUUGAAUCACGUUUUAUUUCCUGUCACUCUGCUUUAUCCCAGACUGCUAAAUGUGUUCUUUCCAAGAAGUUUGGUUGAAUUACUGUAUACAUUUACUGUCCUGUGUGACAGUUUUGUCAUUGUUAGAGAUUUCAGUAAUUAAAGUGGGAAACAGAAGCUUAGGUUAUUUUCCUUAUCAAAACUCUGUUCCUGGAGCCAUGUUAUUAUGAUGGCUUUCGUGCUCUUGUACAUUGGAUGUCUUAAGCUGAGUGCAGUUUAGGGGAUCCUUUCUAAUUACAGGAAGGUACUUCUUUCCUUUAACACUGUGAUCUGACCUGGGACAAAUCUGUACUACACACUAUGUAAAUGGCUAACAAGUCAACUGCAAACCGACUGAAUGUACAAACCUUAGUGCUGGUGCUGAAAUCUCUUCAGAAUAGUCAUCAUGAUCUCAAAGUUUGUUUCAGAAUUUGCAAGCAUCAAGUGUCAAUCAAAACUGAAGAUGAAACACUAAUGAAUGUUGAAUUCUCAUGCUUUAGGUGUACUUCCUUUAUAGCGUUUUUGUUUCUCUGCUGUUUUUACCAUACUGUUCCAUUUAAAUUUCCUACACGCUAACUUCGUUUGUGCGAUUGAAAUAAAAUUGCAGUAUAUACA